AUGACUAUUAAAUUGGCAGGCUAUUUUAUUUGGAUGACAUUUGACUUGCACGAAAUUUUCUACCCCAUACUUAUCACAAAUUAUGUCAAAUCUAAAACAAUGACCAUCGUGCUUCACAUGUUCUGCUUUACUAAUAAUAUAUUUAAAUUCCUACUCAUUAAUUAUAUUUGUGAAAUAGUUACCACCAAGGCAAAAGCUACAGCAGAUGUAUUAAAUAAAUUAUCACAUGUCACCUGUGAUAUUGAAGUUCGUGAAAUUAUUUCGCAAUUUUCAUUACGAAUAGUUCAUGCCCCACUUAGAUUCUAUGGAAUUGGGUUUUUCCAAUUUGGUUUCAAAUUUCUUCACGGGUUUGUCGCAUCUAUUGCAACCAUUGUAGUUAUCAUAUUACAAGCACAAGGUAAAGCGGGGCUAGUUGCGUAUAGGGACAAGUUGAUCAAAUGUAAAUACCUACAUAACAAAAGAAUAUAUAGAUACAUCUAUGCUUGUGUAAUGUAG